AUGACCAUGUGUAGCGGAGCAAGGUUGGCCCUGCUGGUCUAUGGGAUAAUAAUGCACAGCAGCGUCUACUGCUCACCUGCCGCCGCCGGACUCCGGUUCCCUGGGAUCAGUCCUGAGGAUGAGGCUUACGACGAGGACGGAAACUCGCUGCAGGACUUUUACGACUCGGACCCGCCCGGCGCAGGGAGCCCCGCCUCUGCGCUGCAUGACGCCUACGCUCUCUACUAUCCAGCGGAGAAGAGAGAUGUCGCCCAAGGGAUCCUUAACAAGGCCUACCGCAAAGUGCUGGACCAGCUGUCUGCCAGGAAGUACCUGCAAUCCCUGGUGACCAAGAGUGUGGGUGGGAACCUGGGCGGCGGCGCGGAGGACUGGGAGCCGCUCUCCAAGCGCCACUCGGAUGGAAUCUUCACGGACAGCUACAGCCGCUACCGGAAACAAAUGGCUGUCAAGAAAUACUUGGCGGCCGUCCUGGGGAAAAGGUAUAAACAAAGGGUUAAAAACAAAGGACGUCGAAUAGCGUUUUUGUAG